AUGUCUACCUCAAAAGCUAUCGGCAUUGAUCUUGGAACAACCUACUCAUGUGUGGGUGUCUGGCAAAACGAUCGUGUUGAGAUCAUCGCCAACGACCAAGGAAACCGAACGACGCCCUCUUAUGUCUCCUUCUCCGACAACGAGCGUCUGAUUGGCGAUGCUGCCAAAAAUCAGGUCGCCAUGAACCCCCACAACACUGUCUUUGAUGCUAAGCGUCUUAUUGGUCGCAAGUUUGACGACCCCGAGGUGCAGUCUGAUGUGAAGCACUUCCCCUUCACCGUCUUCAGCAAGGAGGGCAAGCCCUACGUCCGUGUCGAGUACCGUGGCGAGCAGAAGGAAUUCUCCCCUGAGGAAAUUUCUUCCAUGAUUCUUCUCAAGAUGAAGGAGACCGCCGAGGCUUACCUCGGAACCACCGUCACCAACGCCGUCGUCACUGUCCCCGCCUACUUCAACGACUCCCAGCGUCAGGCUACCAAGGAUGCCGGAACCAUCUCUGGCAUGAAUGUUCUCCGUAUCAUCAACGAGCCCACCGCCGCCGCCAUUGCCUACGGUCUCGACAAGAAGGUCGUCGGCGAGCGCAACGUCCUCAUCUUCGAUCUCGGAGGAGGAACCUUCGAUGUGUCUCUCUUGACCAUCGAGGAGGGUAUCUUCGAGGUCAAGGCCACCGCCGGUGACACCCAUCUUGGUGGUGAGGACUUUGACAACCGUCUCGUCAACCACUUCAUCCAGGAGUUCAAGCGCAAGAACAAGAAGGAUCUCUCUUCCAACCCCCGUGCUGUCCGCCGUCUCCGCACCGCCUGCGAGCGUGCCAAGCGUACCCUCUCCUCCGCCACCCAGACCUCCAUCGAAAUCGACUCUCUCUUCGAGGGUAUCGACUUCUACACCUCCCUCACCCGUGCUCGCUUCGAGGAACUCUGCCAGGACCUCUUCCGCAGCACCCUCGAGCCCGUCGAGAAGGUCCUCCGCGACUCCAAGAUCGACAAGUCCAACGUGCACGAGAUCGUCCUCGUCGGUGGAUCCACCCGUAUCCCCCGUAUCGUCAAGCUCGUCUCUGACUUUUUCAACGGCAAGGAGCCCAACAAGAGCAUCAACCCCGACGAGGCCGUCGCCUACGGUGCCGCUGUCCAGGCCGCCAUUCUUUCCGGUGACACCUCUGAGAAGACCCAGGAUCUCCUGCUCCUCGAUGUCUCCCCUCUCUCCCUCGGUAUCGAGACCGCUGGUGGUGUCAUGACCGCCCUCAUCAAGCGCAACACCACCGUCCCCACCAAGAAGUCUGAGAUCUUCUCCACCUACUCCGACAACCAGCCCGGUGUGCUUAUCCAGGUGUACGAGGGUGAGCGUGCGCGCACCAAGGACAACAACUUGCUCGGCAAGUUCGAGCUCUCUGGUAUCCCCCCUGCACCCCGUGGUGUACCCCAGAUCGAGGUCACCUUUGACAUUGAUGCUAACGGUAUCUUGAACGUCUCUGCGUCCGACAAGACCACCGGCAAGUCGAACCGCAUCACCAUCACCAACGACAAGGGCCGUCUCUCCAAGGAGGAGAUUGAGCGCAUGGUUGAGGAGGCCGAGAAGUACAAGGCUGAGGAUGAGGCCGCUGCUGCCCGCAUCACUGCCAAGAACGCUCUCGAGUCCUACGCCUACAACCUCCGCAACUCGAUCACUGACGAGAAGCUCGCUGGCAAGUUCGAGCCUGCUGACAAGACCAAGCUCGAGACUGCCGUCAACGAGACCAUCUCAUGGCUCGACGCCUCCCAGGAGGGAUCCAAGGAGGAGUACGAGGAGAAGCAGAAGGAGUUGGAAGCUAUUGCCAACCCCAUCAUGCAGAAACUCUACGGUGCAGCUGGUGGUGCCCCAGGCGGAUUCCCUGGCGGUGCUCCCGGAGGUGCUCCUGGUGGAUUCCCCGGAGCCUCUGAGGACGGACCCAGCGUGGAGGAGGUUGACUAA